UUAAAAUUUUAUUUCCGAACACUUCCUUAGCAUAAAAAACAACACGUGCAAGCAAGAAUUUUAUUUACAAAAAAUAUAUAUAAAUUUCUUUAUUAUUUUGACCGUAGCAUCUUAACAUGAAUAAUAACAAUAGUAAUAAAUGGAGUAAAAGAAACCGAGGUGGUGGCGGUGGUAGAUCGUAUGGCGGCCAAGGUGGUGGCAAAAAAUACAGAGGAGGAGGAAGAAAUAAUGGACAAAACAACCAAGACGGCAGAGGUUUUCAAAAAUUUGUAGACACUGAUUAUCCUUAUAAUGAACAAGACUAUUGGCCACAAAACGAUAGAAACUAUGAUAAUAAUAUUAAUAAUAGUUAUCAAGUUGGCGGAAAUGCAGCAGGUGCUGGUAUAUUUCCCUGGAUUAGAAAUAAACCGGUGAAUCCCUUAAUAAUACCAUCACAAAAUCCAUUUCAGAAUGUACCCGUUUCUCAGCAAUUUCCUAAUAAUAAUUCUAAUAAAUUGAUUUUUGAGGAUACAAUAGAAAAUUCGAAUAUAUCUGAGAGUAGUGAACAUCGGAACACUACUGAAACACAGCAAUCGGAGGAAAAUUCAACCUUAGGACAAAAAUCCAAUGAAGAGAACACAGCCUCUACAAGUAGAAACAAUUCCUGUUCCAACACAACAAAUGCCUCUACUAGUGCAACUACGGACAAUAAAUUUACUGUCAAAGUUAAGCAGGAGAAAGAAGCAUUGGGAAUACAACUAAAACAGGAAAGAAAAUCGUCAAGUUCAUCAUCGUCAUCAUCUAGUGAAUCUUCUUCAAGUGAUGAAGAACCGCAACCUGCAAAAAAACCAGAAGCAAUUUCUAAGCCAGAGCUAACAACAUCCACACCAAAACCACCUUCCUCACCACAAAUUGUUAUUAAACUAAAACCAAAAGCAAAUACUGUAAAAACAGUACCACCACCACAAUCUUCUUCGUCUUCCUCAUCGUCAUCAUCAUCGUCCUCAUCUUCGGAUGAAGAUGAACCUGUAGCACCACCACCACCAACAACUAAACCUUCCUUAUCACAAAAGGAAAAAAAGACAAAGUCAGAAGAGGUUGUAAAGAGUACAACAAAAGCAAAAUCUUCAAAACAGACUAAUAACUCAGAAGAUGAUGUAGUUUGUAUGGGUAAAUUGGAAAAUAAAAUUGUGCUCGAGGAUGAUAGUGACAGCGAAGAGGAUGAAAAUGAUAAUAGUGAUGAUGAUAAUGAUGCAAAAUCAACAAUUUCAAAUAAAAAAUCAAAGAAAUCCGACAAGUGCAUGAUUUGCAAUAAAAAAGGUCACACAUCCUUUCAAUGUCAAAUGAUUUGCAAAAAUUGCUCUGCACCCUAUCACGGCUAUCGCACCUGCCCAAAGCCAGCCAAUUUAAGUACAAUGAUGCAAUUGUUUAUGGAAUUCUGUAUGCAACAGUUGCAAAGUUUUAGUGUAGAAAAACAAAUUCCCUUCAACAUAAGCCAAAGUGUACCUGUGCCACAGAUAGAUACAGCACACACAUCAAGCAACAAAACCAAUAAGCUAAAACGUAAACAAACAAAGGCUAAUGAAUUCAAUACAAAAACUAAAGCGUCAAAAAAACGUAAAGUAUCAGUUUCAAAGAAAAAGAACUCUAAAAACAAUAGUGAUGAUAGUAGUGACAAUGAUACUGAAAAAGAUUCAGAUUCAGAGACAUCAUCAACAGAAUCCCAAGAGGAAGAAGACUCUUCAGACUCGGCUGCUGAAAGUUUAGUUUCUUCGAAGAAGAAACUUAAAAUGAAGAGUAAAAAUGCUUUAAAAACACCAUCUAAAACGAAAAACUUUUCAACGAAUCCACUUAAUCUGCCGCUGGUUUUAAAUGGUUUACCCAAUAUAAAUGUUGCUACUCCCAACGUAAAUAAUCCUAAUACUUCAGCAAAUGCUUUAAAUACUUUACUUUUAACACAAAUGUUUCAAAAUGCCAUUGGCUCUUUGAAACAGUAAGGAUAAUUUUGUUAUAAAGAAAAUGUUUCGUUUUUUUUUUCAAAAUAUAUAUUUGUGUUUCUUAAGAAAAACAAAGAAAAAUUUUAAACAAAAUUUUAGUUUUAGGUGUAAAGCCUUCAAGUUGUUUAUAAUAAGUACACGUUACGUUAAAGACAGGCUCUUUUAUUAUGUUUAAGUGUAAAAUUUUUCAUUUAUAGAGUAGUUUUUUUUUUAACAAAAAGUAAAUUGUACUAAAUUCGUCUGUGAUGAAUAGGAAUUAUCAUUCAUCUUUUCAUUAUUUAUAUGAAAAAAAUAAAUUGUAACAUAUAUUUUUUUAAAGAAAUUUAACUAAAAUUCUAUUCUAAUGCAGUAGUACUAAAAAGUACUAAAUUACUUUUCCUUUUUUUGCAAAACAAGCCAGUAGAAAGACCUACUGAUUAGUCAGUGGACUAGUAUUUUGACGAGUAUAUGGACAAAUUAUAUUAGACUGUGUUCUAGAAUAUAGAGUAGCCUGGAUUAACUAGUCAAUGGACCAGACUUUUAGAAGUUUAUGGGCUAGACUAUGUCUAUUAACAAGUCUAUGGCGUAGUCUAUAGAAUAGUCACCCCUAUUCUGCAUUGCGAUUACGUUUACGCAUUC